UUCAAAGGAUAUCUCAUGGAAAAGUUGGCAUAGAGGCAUAAGAAAGAUAGGAGGUAGCAUAAAAAAUAUUCAUUUUGGUUUUGUGAGAGGAAAUUUCAGUCUUUCCUGUUUGCUGGCUAAUGUACUUAUCUGGGUGUGCAGAGAGAACAUUUUUGUAGUUCUUUUAUUAAAUAUUCCUGGAACCUAACUAAAAUAAUACAUUUUUGUGCAUACUUAAAUGUUUUCUGUUCACAGAUAUGAUUGGAAAAGUCUUGUGGUUUUCAUGAUUUCAGGAGAAGGGAGAUAGAGUGAGCUAAGAAGCUACAAAAUUGUUUGUGUGCUAGAAUAUAAACAUACACAAAGUAUAAAUAAAUUCUGCCAUGUUUAGAUUAAAUUUUACUGUCAACUUCAAAACCAUGUCAUGCAUGUCUUCUGUUUAUUUUACAGUAUAGCUAGAAAAAAAUGUAGCUGUUUCACUUUACUCUGACCUCCCCUCGGAGGGAGUGCUAUGCAGACUUUCUGAAAGCUGGGAUUCCUGCUUACAAUACAAAUGUCAACUGGAGAUCAUAUUCAGGGAGUCUAAAUCCAGCUUAAGUCUGGCGUUCUUUAUUGUUUCCAUAUAGGUGACUGAAGAUGUCUAGCCAGAAGGGAACAGUAGGUGCUGGGAUUUAUGGGAAAUUUAAAUGGUAAAAAAUGGCUUGCACUGAAAUGUGUUUUGAUUCAUCCUGGUCUUAAAAUAUUUUUGAGACAUGGUAAGUUGUGGGACGUUGAAAGUACUAUGUUAUACGUGAGGUACCAAGAUCUCUCCCUCCCUUCAGCCUCAGGACUCUCCCUAAUAAUGCUGGAAGUUAAAAUGAAUCAUUUAUGAGCAUCAGUAGACACAUGGGUGGUGCCUCUUUGUAAACUGGUAUUUUGUUGAUGCAAUAUGUGUGACAGCCUUUUAGUUCUGAAUAUAAAUGUUACCGAGGGGAAAUUAGGUUGGUUCACAGAGGAGAUCAGCCAGACCUUGCAGUACAUCUUGCUGAGGAGCAGGUAUCUCCACCAGUACUGUUCUUCAGAAACUAGUACAUGUAGAAGAAAAAUGGAAGUCAUCGAGCUGGGAGAAGUUGACCUGAACUGUCCUUCAAACUGCCAAAUUCAUAAUACACAAUUCUUUGGAACUGACAGACAGAUAGUAAGGAGAGGGCAAGCCUUCAACUUUUAUGCUCGCUUUCAAAACCGGGAAUGGGAUGACUCUGUGGACAAAGCCAUUUUCACCGUGGAGACAGGCCUCAGACCCUGCGAAUCAAAUGAGACAAAAUGUAGCUUCCCAAUGGGCAGAUGCCUAGAUCAAACCUGCUGGAGCUCUUCCUACAAAUUUUAUCAGCCAAAAUGCAUCAAUAUCAGCGUGUUUCCUCCUUCCAAUGCCUGCAUUGGCCGUUACAUUCUCAAUAUGCAAAUCACAUCUUGUGGUCAUACAUAUCAGCGAUGUCUUGGAGAUUUUUAUGUCCUUUUUAACCCUUGGUGUGCAGAUGACCCUGUAUAUAUGGACAAUCAGGCCCAUAGAGAAGAGUAUGUUCUGAAUGAACAUGGUAUACUGUAUGAAGGAGUUCACAAGCAUAUUACCUCUCGACCAUGGCACUUUGGACAGUUUGAAGAUGGAAUUCUGGAUAUCUGCUUGAAGAUCCUAGACAUUGGUGCAAGUUAUCAUCAUGGCUCUGAUCGUGACCGCUGUUGGCGCAAUGACCCUGUGCAUGUCAGCAUGGUGGUAAAUCACAUGAUAAGCAGCCAUAUCACAAGCAGUAUAAUGAAGAUUCCAGAAAACAAUGAUUACCUGAAGGGAACAAAACCAUUUUCCUGGAAUGGAAGUGUCCCUAUUCUUCAGCAGUGGUACAAUGGCAGAUGCAGGCCAGUCAGAUAUGGCUACUGUGGGUCUCUUGCUUCAGUAAUGUGCACAGUGAUGCGCUGUUUGGGAGUUCCAAGCCGUGUUGUCACAAGCUUCUGUUUUCCAAGCUCAAAUGAGAAUCCACUUGGUAUCAAUGAGAUUUUUGACUGUACUGGAAAAAACCUAUGUGGUAAAGACAAGCUAUGGCGAUAUCACUGCUGGAAUGAAUCUUGGAUGGCUCGCAGAGACCUAAAACAAUGCUGUGGUGAUUGGCAGUGCUUGGAUCCGACACCUUUGGAAACAGGAAGAGGUACAGCUUGUAGCGGUCCUACCUGGGUUCGAAGCAUCAGAGAAGGGGAGCUGGACUUGGACUAUGAUGGUCAUCAUCUGUUUUCUCGAGUAAAUUCAAACUAUGCUGGCUGGCUUUCCCAAAACAAUGCCAAAAGAACAAAGUUUUUCUGCGAUCCUUGGCCCUGUGGACAACGUCUAAUCACCAAGCGUGUUGGCAGUGAGCAAUUUGAAGAUAUCACUGGGGCUUACAAGUAUGAACUAGGUUCUGUGAAAAACAAAGAAGCCUAUUACCGGGCUUACAGAAGAAUUUAUCCAGGGUACUGCAAUGCUUCCAACUGUCAUAUUGAUAGAGAGUUAUCGUCUCUGAAAAACCCAUUUUUGAGUGACUCUGGUAUUAACAUGAGGUUAAAGAUGGCUAAUUGCCCAAUGUACGGUGAAGAUGUCCAACUGCACUGGCUGCUUGAAAAUUUGCGUAAUGAAAACAAAACCCUGAAGUUUAAUUUGUGUGCACAAAUAAUAACCUAUAGCGGCUGCCCAUUGGAUCAAUUUUGGAAAGACAGUGUGACUAUCCCCUUGGGUCCAAGGGAAGUGAAAACAAUUCCAGUAUGUAUAUCAUAUAAUCAGUAUGGACCUUAUCUCUGUGAUCACAACAUUAUUAAAGUAGUUGCUGUCUCAGACCCAGAGUGUGGAGAAGUUCUGAUGGUGAGCAGGGAUAUCGUGAUCAACAGACCACCUGUUAUUGUAAAGCUACUGAACCAGCCAAGGCUGAAAGUACCAUGUACUGCAGAGAUCUCCUUCUGCAAUCCUCUCCAGGAAGAUAUGAAGAACUGUGUAAUGACGUUAGAAGGCUGUGGGUUAUUCAAAGAGCCAAUGACCAUUGAUUUGGGAACACUGGCAUCCAACCAGCAGGCACGAACCAUUGUGGAGUUCACACCUUACAGGCUUGGCAGUCACCGGCUCCUGGCUAAUCUUGGAUGCCACAAGUUUGCCUAUUGCAAGGGAUGCACCAAGGCCGAAGUGUGUUGCCUCACAGGCCAGAACGGUACCCUGCCUGCUGCUCAGAAUGGUGCCCUGCCUGUCAGCCAGAACGGGUCACACCCGGUGUGUGAGAAUGGCGCCGUCCACGUGAAUGGCUCUGGGCCUGUCCCAGUGGCAGACCCUGCGUUCAACUCCAUGUGUGAAUAUGUAUGUAUCCCAAUGUGCAACCCAAAUUGCAGUGCAGGGGGUCAGCCUGUGUAUGACUUUGUGUACCUCCCUGCGGGCCAUCCGUUAUGCAACUCCAUCUGCAACCAAGGCUUCAAUCCAAAUGUUAAUUCUGGUUUUGAUGUGGGAGGCGAUCCUGGCUUCCGCGUCGUAUGUGAGACUGUGCCUUCUGCUACAUGUGCCACGAUGCCUCCAUCCAUGUAUGGCUCUAUGCCUGCUCCAACCUCCAACCCUGUGUGCCCCCCUAUGCCCCAAGUGGUGUUUGAGACAGGUACUACUCCCGUGCACCAGCCUGGAGGCAGUGGGGGGCCGGUGUCCUACUCAGUUGCUGUCCCCGCAGAGAAUGCUGUGAGUGCCCUGCUAACUCACUUCAUGGCUGGCUCUGGCCCCACCGUGGCAACCCAGGCAGUCCCUACCCAUAUAUCUGCUCCACCAUCCCACCCAAUGUACUCUCCAGUAGCUCACACUGUCACCAUGCCACCAACAGCUGGUGCCUCUGUCUCACAUGUUGUCUGUGGCUCUGCACCCUCUCCCACAGCCCAGCCUCCAUGUGGCCCAAUGCCCACCCUGACCUCCCAACCCCUGAGCACCCCGGUAGGCCAUGGCGUGUGCUCCCCAGCCUCCUGCUCAGUGGCUUCCCCUGCACCCCACUCUGCUGCUCGUAGUGCCACUCCAGCAGGGCUGCAGAUGGGGAGCGCUCCCCCAGCACGCACGCUGUGCUCCCCAGCCCCGCGCCCCGUGGGACCCCCGGCAGCCCACUCAGUGUACUCUCCAUCCCCACGCCCAGUGGGAGCCCCUGCAGCCCACUCCCUGUGCUCAGCCACCUCUGUGUCUCUGGGGGCCACGGGUGCCCGCACCACUGGCUCACCCCCCACUCACCCUGAGGACUCACCCAGAGCCUGCUCCCCAGCCCCAGACCCCCUGGCAGCUGCCUCAGCCCGCUCCCUCUAUGCACCCACCUCUUACUCAGCCUCCCGGGCUGUGGGCACCCUGGGGUCUCGCUCAGUAUGCAGCCCUCAGUGGGGCCCCUCCUGUGACACCACCACUCGCUUGGGCUCCAACCUCACAUGGGCUCCCGCCUCCCGCUCAGCAUGGAGCUCUGUGGGACGCUCAGGCUACUCUCCUUUGUCCCGCACUGCCUACAGCACGCUCACACGCCCUUUGUACAGCUCCUUGUCCCGCUCCUACAACACUUUGUCCCGCUCUGCCUACACCACUCUUCCCCACUCCACCUCACCCUCUGCCUAUGCCACCCUGCCUCGUUCUGGGUCUUGCCCCCCUAGCAGCACCUUACCCCAGGUAGGGUCCCGCACGCCCUGGAGCCCCAGGAGGAGCACUUAUAACUACUUCAAACGUAAAUACCUGUAAUGGAGAGUAACUUGGAGAAAAGUCAAAGCCAGUGAAUUAAAGGCAGGGUGCAGACGCUUUGAAAGAGUUUAAAAAUAAGGUGAUGGGGCACGGCAUGUGUAGUCCUGGGUAUUUAGCCACACAUUUGAGAUGUGCCAAGAAAGCAAGCUGCUAGCUGACUUCUGAGGAAUGAAUUUGAUGUAAUACUCGUAUGUCUUGAGAUACAGUAUGGUGGAAGUGACAAACUGAACAUGCUCUCUAUGGGGCUGUUGUGACAACAGUUGCACAGUGCAGGUAAAUGGACUUACUUGCUUGGUUAAGCUGUUUUAUAAAGGAUGUGCUUUGACUCUCUCUUCUCUUGAUUUUUUGCAAUGAUUACUUCUCAGAUCUCUUUGGGCUACAGCACUUGUUGCAAAUCUCUCCCCUUGCAUGAAAUGUACUGUCCUUGGGAUACUGCAGAGGUGGCAGUAGACUUGCCUUACAUGUUACCUAAUAUAUUGGGUCCCUGAGUCCCAGUAUUGUUGUGGCUUGGGUCAGUUCUGCACACACUCAGAUUUCCUUAUGGGGCAGUGAAAACUGAGGAGGUCAUGGAGUAAUUAAAUUGCUACAAAUCAACUGAAGAGUUUAAAAAAAAAAAGAAAGACAGUUGUAAUAAAUGUAGUAUUACUACUCUUGAUGUAUUACAGUUCCAUUAUCAGGAACCCAAAGGUCAGAUUAGAAAGGCUGCAAAACUCAGUGAACGAAUAAUACCAACUUACUGGCCUACACAGUUGAAUACUUCUCAAAUCGCAUAUUCCCAAAAGUUCUUCAUGUGUACUGCAUGCAUUUAGGUUUGUGGGAGAAGGUCUAAUUCCAAGGCUGUGCUUUUUUGAUUCAGUAUAGGUAGUAAACUUCUAUCACCAUACCUGAACUAGAGAAGGAAGUAUGAUAUUAUCCUUUUUUUCCACUACCCAGCCCUCACAACUAAAAGGUUAAGAAGGUGAAUGAAAAUGUACUGUGUCUUCUUCAGAUAAUUGGUACCAUUUCAGUGCUAACCCUUUCCCAGUGUAAGAAUUGAAGUCAUAUAUUGUCAUAAUGGAGCUGUCCCCUAAUUUUGGAUUUGCUCAGAAGAAUUUUAGAUUUACUGACAACACUUCCCAUCCCUCCAUUAUUUUCCUCUAGUGCUCUUUUAUUUUUGGUAUAAGUGCUAGUGGGGUUUUGUGUUAAGAUAAUUUUGCCGGUGCUGCAGAAUUUUCAGUUGUGUAGUGAUAGUAUUUCAGUAGUAUCACUUUAGUUCACACCCCUAUGCUCUGUGAUGAGACUGAGUAACCUUCCAGGGAUAUGGGAAAGAUGUGGCAUCAGAUGGUAACUAUGAAUAUGCCAGCACUAUUAACUACAUAGUAAUUCUGAGUAUGGUAGAAGAACUAUUUGCCUGGAUAUUGUAGUGAAGUGGUCAUAACUAAUGACUUUUUUUUUUUUUUAUGCAGUUUCGAUAGUCUUUGCUAGCUAUUUGCUGAGAAUAUCUUUUCCUGACUGACAAUAAAAAUAGAAAUUUAAAAUCA